AUGGAAAAACGGAAGGAAAACAUAAGUAGUAAUUUUAAGAAGGAACAAAAAAAAAGUGAAAGAAAAAAUUUGUUUACAAAAGAAUCGAUAUCAACAACAAGUGGUAAUCAAAAAAUGAAAAAGAAUUCAAACAGUAUUGAAAAUAAAAAUGGGAAGAUUUUAUCAGAGAAAGAAAAAAAAAAAUGUAACGAAAAGGAAAAAAUUGAAAAGGCGUCAACAGAAAUUGUGAUAAGCGAUAGUAAUAACAACUUAAAUUAUAAAAAAUUAAGAAAAAAAUUAAAUAAUCUAAAUUAUAAGGAGUCCUUAUGUCUGUCCUGCACUCCUUUAGUUCAAAUAAUUUUUGAUGACCUAAUUCAGGCAAUUCAAAAUUUUCAAAAACUCUCUGAUAAAUAUGAUGAUUCUCAAAGGAAAUAUAAAGAGUUGGUAAAUGAAAAGAAAAAACAGAAUUCUGAAUUAGACACAAAAGAGGAAGGGAAGAAAAUAAGUAGCAAAUUGUUCUUGAGCGGAGAACACAAAGAUGGCGUUAUCAGUGACGAGGAAAAUGAAGUAAAUAAAAAGAUACAACUUGAGACAGAUCUUCAAGCAAAAUCCAAAGAAUACGAAGUAAAAAUUAUAGAACUUCGCAAACAGAUAGAGGAAGAAUGCAAAUUAAAAGAGGCGUAUAUGAAAGAAAAUAAGAAUUUGAAAUUCAGUUUGCAGAUAUUAGAAAAUAAUAAAAAAGAAAAAUUUGAUGAAUCAACGGAAGAUCUGUCAGGUUAUGAAUUUUCUUCUUGUAACAACAGAACAAAAUCAUUUGAUGAUUAUGAAAUUAAUAAAAUAAAAACAAAAGAAAAAAAAUUAUCCCAAAUGGGAAGCAACAUAAUUAAUGAACACACGUUAUCAUUAGGAAAGGAACUGUCUUAUUACAAAAAUUUAUGUAAAGAGUUCAAACUGGAAAUUGACAGAAUAAGGAAGGAUAAAACUAACGAUGUUAACAAUAGAAUAAAGUAUAUUAGUGGAGAUAAUAGUAAAGCGGGAGUGGGUGAAAAUGGUGAAUAUAGAGCUAUCGAUGAAGAAGAAAAAAAAAGUUCAAAUCGAAGAAGUAAUAACGAUAUAAAUGAGUAUAAUGAAUCUUUGAUAGAAGUAAAAAACACAGAAAUAAAACAUCUAAAGAAAAGAUUAAAUGAAUACGAAAUAGAAAUUCGAAAAUUAAACGAAUUGAGAAUGAUCAAUGAUAUAAAGGAGCAAAAGAUGUAUAAAGACAAAAAAUCAGUUUGCGAAAGUGCUACUAGCGAUAAUUUUAACUUUGAACAUAUGAACUGCAAACUUGAAUUAAUUGAUGAUAGUUCAAGCGAUUAUGUUCAGACGAAAAAUGAAGAUUCCGUGAAUGAUAUCAGCAAUUUGAAUAAAAUAAUAAAAUCCAGAAAUAACGAAAUUUACCAUUUGAAGAAUCGCGUAAUAUUACUAGAAACAGAGCUGCACAUUAAGAAUGAGGAAGAAAAGAAGUAUAAAGAGAAAUUGCAUCUGUUGAAUGGUAAGUUAGAGGGAGAAAAGAGAAAGAAAAAUGUAACAAAUGUAACGAAUGUAACUAAUGUAACGAGUAUAACGAAAGAGAAUAAUGAAUUCGAUUUGAGUGAGGAAACCGAAUCUCUCACAAACAUGAAAUCCCUGAAAAUGGAAAUAAAGUUAAAGAAAAAGGAAGUAGAAGACUUACGCAGUAUAUUAGAGAAAGUAAAUAUAGAACUAAAGGAGGAAAAAAAGAAAAGUGAUAAGUAUGAAAAGCAGUAUAAUGAGGAGAAAAGCGAAAUUGCUAUCCUAAAGGAGGAACUAAAAACGUUAGAAAAAGAAAUAAAAGUGAAAGAAAGUGAAUUUAACUUGAACAAGAAUACUAUAAAUAAUCUAAAGUUAGAAUCAGCCGAAUUCAAUGACAUCAUAACAUUUUCAAAUGAAACAAAAAAACAUUUGACAGAUUAUAUACACAAUUUGUUAAACAAGUUGAGCGAAUCUAAUGAUAAAAUUGAUGAGUUAAAGGAUGGAAAUAUACUACAAAAGCAGAAAAUAGAAGUAUAUAAAAAAGAAAUAAAAAAGCUAAAAGAUGAUUUAAUAGAUUCGAGUAAUCAAUUAGACGAAUUUGCAUCACUGUUAGACAAAAAAGAUGAAGUUAUUGAAAGUUUUAAAGAAAAAUUAGAAAAUUUAAACAAACAAUAUGGUGACUUGACUUUAAAAUAUAAUGAAAUAUUAAAAGAAAAUAAAAAUUUACAAAUAACAAAUUCGUCUCAUAAUGCUAACAGUACCUUAAUAAUUCAACAACUACAACAGGAAAUUCACAUGUUAAAUGUAACAAAUAGUCAUUUAAAAAAAAUUGAAGAAGACUAUAAAAUAAUUUUGCAAGAAAAGACAAUAAUUGAAGAUGCAGCUAUAAAAAUUCAAUCGGAGUUAAAAAAAUCUGUUGAUAAAAUUAAAAAUUUAGAAACCUACAUCCAAACGUUGUCAGUAGAAAUAGCCAAUUUGAAAACACAAAGAGAUGAUUCGUUAGAUGCAUUAACCAAAGUAGCCAUUGACAAAACACAAUAUGAAAAUGAAGUAAUACAAAGCAAAAGUAUAAUACAUGAUUUGAGAAAACAACUUAAUGAUUAUGAAAGCAACGUAAAAUAUGUUCAGAAUAAUAUAAGCGAAAUAAAUAAAAUGCAUAUAAAAAAGGAAGAACAAGAAAUUAUGUUAAAAAAUGAAAUUAAAUCACUCAGAGAAAAUUUAAACGAAAAGACAAUUAAGUUGGAACUGCUACAAGAGAAGGAAAAUAAAUUUGAGCAAAAUACCAUGGCGUAUAAUGAAUUUCACUUGGAAGCACAAAAGAAAUACAAUUCGUAUGAAAAAAUGAUUCAGAAAUUAAAAAAAGAAAUAGACGAGCUAACUAUAAACAAUAAUGACAAUAUUGUUAUUAUAGAAAAAUUGAAAAGUGAACUGGAUGCGCAGCAAAGAAACAAAUUGUGCAAUUUUUCCAACACAUUUUUGAGGAGUGCAGAAGAUUUGGUUGGUACCCACGUUGAGAAUGCUACGAGUAAAGAUAGUCAGAGUAAACUUGGAAAGAGUGUGAGUAGAGACUUGCAUAAUCCUGUUUAUAAUAGUGAAACUAAUAGCAAAAAAAACAAUACUGAUAGUGAACAUGGAGGAGAUGAAAGCAAAGAAACAAAAAGUAACAUACCGAAAGAAGAAUUCUACAAAAUGAAUGGUGCUAGUAAUGCGUAUUCAAAAGAAGAAAAUGAAAUAUAUGAUUACGAUGACGACUUUACAAUUUUUAUCAAUUCGAAUAAAAGUAAUUUUAACAAAAAAUAUAAAAAUAAUACGGAAGAAAGGGAAGAAAUAAAAAGCAAAGGAGUAAAUGAAAAUGGAGUUAUAGACAGCUUGAAUGAUAUACCUAAUGACGAUGGGCUAAAUGAACCCAGUGUAAUAAAUAGAGAUAAAAACAGUGAAAGGAACACGAGUGAGAAUAACAAAAUUGAUCAUUACAAGGAUAAAUUGGAUUCAAUAGGAAGAAUAAAUAAAUCAAUGGAUGAGGGACUGUUAAACGAAUCAGAAAGUUCUUCCAAUAGCAAAAGUUUAAAUAUUGAUUUUUUAUCAUUCAGCAAAAUGGAUAUAAAGAAAGACUUGAUGCGGGAAAAACAUAACAAAGAAAAUGAUCGCUCGAUUUCCUCUUUAAAGGGGUUAACAUUGUCUGCCUUGAACAAUACAAGCAACAACAAUAAGGAUAGAAAUAUCAAUGGCAGUUGGAAAGGUGAGACAAAGGAUCAUACCACUCACAGGGGUGGAAGUAUCCAAAGAGGCGAAAGUAUCCAAAGAAGCGAAAGUAGCCAUAGAAGUGGAAGUAGUCACAUGUGUGGAAGUAAUCACAGGGAUGGAAGUAGCCACAGCAAUCGAAGCAGCAGAAUCAGAAGUAGUAAGCGUGCUAUGAUACUGAAAGACAAGAUGCAGGAUAAGAAUAACGAUUAUUUGGACAGCGAUAAUUCCUCAUCAUACUUGGGAAACCACGAUAUUUCGCUUUUUAACAGCUCAAAGAUAAAAGAUAUUUUCAAUUUGAAGUCGAUAAAUUACGGAGUUAAUAAUAACAAAGGGAAAGGUGAAAAUAGGGUAACAAGAAGAAAUUCUCAAUUAAACGGCACAAAUAAAAACAACACAUAUGAGUUAAAUAGAAGUAAGCAGAAAACAAAAACGACAAAAAAAGAAUCUUAUGAAGAUAUCAUGUUUGAUUUUAAUCGGGAUUGGUUCAGUAGAGAAGCUGAGAAUAGGACAGAAAACGCUAAUGGGAAAAGUACCAGUAGUGUCCUGAAAACAGAACAGAAAAGGAACCAUCAAAAAGGUUUACAAAGGGAUUCACAAAAAGGCCUACAAAAAGGCCCACAAAAAGGUCCACAAAAAGGUCCACAAAAAGGCUCACAAAAAGAUUCACAAAACAAAUACCAUAUGGACGAUUCCAAUUAUACUCUAUAUGAUGAACCAUAUCACCAUAAGGAGAAAAAAUAUAAAAUAAAAAACAGCCAAAAUGGAAAGGACAGUUACGGAAGUAAAUACUACGAAUACAACAUAGACGAGGAUGAUCGAUCUAGAGCUCAUGCAGAUCAAGAGGGAAGAGGAAAAGAUAGUAAUUAUCGAAAAAAUAAAUUACAAAAAUCUAAUUGUUACACAAAAGCUUUGAAAAAUAAUUCUGAGAAUCCUUUAAAGAAAAAGUUAUCGAGCAAAAUAACCCAAUUGGAAACUUCUAGUAAUAAGAAUACAUUAAAAGAAUAUCAAAAUGAAAAUAAAAAAAAGAAUGAUUCUUUUACUAGUUACAAUUCACAGAUGAAUAUAUCUAGAAAUAAGAAAAAUAAAAAGCCAUCUGAAAAUAUUAAUAACAUGGUUUCAAGAAAAGGUGAAAAACAUGAUGAGGACUAUCAUGAAAAUAGUAAGAACGAUUAUAAUGUUGAAGAGGUGGAUAAAAAAGUUUAUAAUUUCAUUUCUCAAACGAGUUAUGAAGCUAACAGUAACACUAGUAGCAUCCUACUAGACUCAGUAAGUUCAGAUUUCGCACAAAACAGUAGUGUAGAACAUUACAAUAAUUCUAGUCCAAAUGAACCAAAUGGGCGAUUAAAUUAUUUAAGUUUUAAAAAGGAGGUAGAAUAUAAUAGUGUGUUGAACAGUUCGAAUGAUUCUUAUAUUCUGAAAGGAGGAAGUAUAUUUAACCAACCAAGCUCUUAUGGUAGAAAUGUUGCAUUAGAUGGAGAGGAUAUAGGAGAUAAAUGUGCAACAAAAGACAGAAUAGACGGAAUAGGUAGAGGCGGGGAUAGUACCCAUAAUAAGGGUCUCAAUUUAAAGAGCAAGAAAAACAAUUUAUCUGCCAGGGAGGAAGGAGAAGACAUCUCCUGUAGCAACAUGAGUUCUCCGUAUGAUGAAAAAGAGGAUAUGACUUUUGAAAAUGUACACAAAAAUGAAGCAAAUAUGGAGAAUAAGACAAAAAUGGAACAAAUAAGUAAUACAUCCAAAACUAAUCAAGACUUGUAUAAUAAAUAUAUGGGUGUUUUACAAAGUUUAAAGAGUGAAGAAAUGGACGCCUCUGUAAAUACAACUAAUAAUCUGACCAUCGAUUUAUCCAAUGAUUUUACGAAAACACAGGAAAAUUCUACCUCCAUUUUGUCUUCUUCCAAGACACUACAAAAAGAUAGCGUCUUUAGUAAUAUAUCGAAAUUUAAAUUUAAUGAAGAAAUUCAUGAGUACAACUGUGACCCAUUGACAAUAAUUAAGCCGAUUGAAGAAUCAAAUAUGGAAUCAUAUUAA